AGUUUCUGCACUAUUGUGCUCCGAAACGGACGUAUAUCGGCGACGUGUUACCAAACGGCGUAAGUGCACAGUACUCUCGGUUCGAAGUCUCGAAGUCAACGCGUGUCGUGAAUUUCGUGAAUUACUGACCACCGGCUUCGUUCGUGUUCUUGUGUGCUAUGCUGUAAAAGUAAGGCAAUGAUAUACCGUUGAGCUUGAUGGGUUGCAGCAUUUUAUGGAUGAAUCAAUGAGGGUGAGAAAGCGAAGAAAAGUGUUCCAUAAAGAGAUAAUCUGUUAGUGCGUGGUGAAAAGUGCCGUGAUUUACGAAAUGGAGAAAUGCUGGUAAAUAUGUGAAGAUUUAGAACCAAACAGCACUACAGUAGUGGCAGGCAGGCAGGAAGGCAGACAGGCAGCAGCAGAGAAAGUCUGUCUGGGUAUUGGUCGGAGACUUGAACGCCAUCGAGCUACAACAGGCGACAAACGUCACGAUUUAGCCUCGGGCUGGUGCUGCAGGUCAGGUGGAAAGAGGAACAUGAGCUUGCGGAACUCGAUUGGGCUGAGUAUUGUAAUUUUCCUGGUACUGCUCGCCACCGAAAAAUGCCACUCUGCAAAUACGGAUGAGUUAACUGGCCAGUCGGAGAGAGAAGUUGUGGAAGCACUUGUAAGAAAGUGGGCCCCUUUGGUUUGGCUAGCACCGAACGAGAAAUACCUACCUGGAUCAGUGUCCACGUUUUUGGAGCACGUGCACGCAGAGGAGGCCAAAAUCGUUACGGUCUACCCCGGUAACGAGAUAUCGGACGUAAGCGAGCUGAAUCAGUACGCUUACUACUAUGACAACGAGAACGAGCUGACCUACUACGAUCCUACAGUGCGUCAGGCACGGAAUCGCAACAAGCGCAACUUUCGAGAUCCAGCCACUUCCUUGGAUCGACUGUUUGAUCUACCGAUUGGCAACGAGUCGAAGAAUUGGUACCUUGUCACCAAUAACGACAUUGAAGAGCUGAUAACCGAUAAGAGUUCGUUCAUACACGGACAGAACCCACAAAAAGAAAAUGUGCCAAUCUAUGCGGUGGUCAGCAUGUGCCGUACGGUAUCAUCGCCCUCCAGCAGUUUCGUCGGGUCCCCAAUGGGUGGCGCCGCAGCUGUUUCGUCCACGGUCACUAUGCAGCCGCUGCCCCUUUCGUCCACAGUGCCACUGCAACCGCCGACGACCACCUUCCCGACGCCGCCGGCCGCUAUGCACCACUUUAGCCACAUUGAAAACGAAGUCGUUUACAACACUAUCGACCGAAUCGGUUACAAACGCCAACCACAGUAUGUGCCAGUUCACAAGAACAUCUUCGAACUGCAGCCGGAGCUGAAGCCGGACAUUAACAAAAUCGAAAAGAGUAUCCGUCUGAUACGGAAACGACGCCGCCGGCGGGGAAUUUCGAUUGUCGAUCCACCGAACGCGAAAGUCAAGGAGGACAGCACCGACAGCCCCACCAGUGCCGAGGAGUUGUUGUUCGAUCAGAGCAUCGAGGGUCGAGCCGAAGACGCGGACGAGGAAGAUAACAGUAGUAACGAAAACGAGUCGGAUGAUUGGGAGACGAUCACCGAGCGUCGCGAUGACAUCACCAUACAGAACGGAGAGGAUUCCAACGAAUAUCCACAUUUCCAUGUCACCUACUGGAUGUUUUAUCCAUACAGUCAGGGUAAAGUGAUCUGCACGGUCAACCUAGGACCACUGGGGCCAUGGCCGAUUCCCCUCAUAUUCGGAAUGUGCUUGGGGACGAAGAAGGAAUUUGGCAGCCACGUGGGCGAUUGGGAGCAUAUGAGUUUGUUCUUUAGAGGCCGAAAAGAACCUGACGAAAUGUAUGUAUCUGCACACGACGCCGGGGCCUUCUACACCUAUGAACGGUUGACGGGGACCUUCGAAUAUCGCAGUCAGGAAACGCGCAAGGGUAUACUGCAGAGGCCAACCUUCCCGAAGACGGUCAUCACCUCCGGGAAUCACCCGGUCCUGUUCGCCGCGGAAGGAUCUCAUGGGCUGUGGACCGCCCCUGGAAAGCACAAAUAUGUCCGCGUACCCCGUUUGUAUGACGUGAACGGUUUCGGAACACCGUGGACCACGUGGAAGAGCGUAGAAAUCAUUCACGAGAACGAUUCAAGGGGGCGAACCGCACUCAAUCCCAAGUGGCUCAAGUUCAACGGACGAUGGGGUAAUCCGAAAAACCGAUGCCACCCACUGAAGCGGAUAGGACUGCACAUCUGCGAACUGACGGACGGUCCCACGGGGAUACCGCGAAAGAAACCCCACUUCAAGUGCAAAAAGCGAUAAAUCUUAGGGCGUACAUCAAUCUUUCUCCGCCGUGCUAUGGAGAACUUAGACAAAUCUAUUUAUUUAAUAUUUUUAAUAAUUUAUUCUAAAACAAAACGUCUCCCCAUCGCCUGCCAUUCGAACGCAUUAUCGUCAUCCAUUCGAUUACAUUCUAUUGCAGAGAGAUCAUUAUUUAUUUAUUACUUUUAACGCUACUAACAUCAUCACAUGCAUCACCCUUCUUACCGUACUAACAUUCCAACCGUCUCAGUUACUAUUCUUUAAUGUCUUCAUUCAAACGUUUUUUCUUCGAUUUUAUCAACUGAAAACUUUGCGAUAGUCGGCAAAACCUACAAAACUUCAAUGUGAUUCGAGAAAGAAAUAUGUUCCAACUAGUAUUCGAUAUAUCGACGCUGUAAUUGUACAUAAAUUGUUAUUUUUAUUGUUAUCGAACCAUAACAAGUAAUAAACUAUGA